AUGCUCUAUGAUAAGAUACUCUUGCCUUUACUGGCCGCUUACACAAUCUUGCCAUUGACUCUGGCACAGAGUGGAAAUUUUACGAUUUACGCAUAUGGCACUGGUGUCCUUGGUCUACCGUUGUUUUAUUCUGAAGGUGACGCUCAACUUGGAAACGUAAAUGCUAUUCCAGGCUACAAUGUAUCUGAUGUCUAUUUCUCAAUUGAGAGCGGUAGACUACUCGCCUUUCCAAAUGCUACGAGCACUGAAGCGGCAAAGCAUGAUGCCAACUACACCUGGACAAGUCUACAGUUGAAUGUCCCGGUGAACACGUCUGGCAACACGGUCACUUUCACCGAGGAUACAGGUUCAAGUGGUGGCGCUGAUGGAGAGUGGACACUGUAUGGACCUUAUGUUUUUCUAUACGAUAGCUCCAAGCAGCUAGUCUCACACUUCUUUGCCGAACCCACAAACGACGCCGGAGUCUUUAACUUGCUGUGGAACCUAUCUGAAGAGCAACAGGCACAGAACCCAGAUGCGGUACCAGUUUCCCUUCGGACGAUCGCACCAGUGGAUGCGAGCUCGACAAACUAG